ACCUUCAACACAGAGGUCAUGAAGACGGAGCAGCCCAUCAGGGUGAAGAUCAUGAGGCCAGUGAAGCGCUGCUCUCGGAUGCCCAAAAACUUGGGCUGCUCCCCAGGAGCCGAGCACUCCGACUCCAGCUUCAGGCUGUUCACGUGUGAGAUGGAGAGCACGGUGGCUGCCACGAACCACGGCAGGCCCAUUACCGAGCACACGCCAAGCAUCAAGCCCACCACAAACAGGUCCAGUUCGCUGAAGCUCAGGGCCACCGUGCCCCCCGUGUCCCUCAGGCUCUCCGAGAUCUGUCACUCCGUUGGGAAGCGGGGGGAUCUUACGCUUUUCCUCAAAAGAGCGUACAAUAGGGAUACGGUUAGCCAGUUUCUUAUGAUUUUGGUGGUGGUGCUGUUUAAGCAGGGCCUCCCGGAUCCUCCUUCUGGCAUCUUGUCCUACAGGGCCGGAGACCUCAUGCUGAUCCAGAACCAUUUAGUAUUGAGCAUGGAGCGUGUGCCUCCACGAUCCACCACCGCCUCCUCAUCGCCGCAAAAAUAUGUCAGUGCGGAUGCUGCUGUGCUCCUCGAUAAGACGCGGCUUAAGAAGCAAGCCUGUGGUAAAAGAAAAAAAACGCUCACCGGUCGGGUUUUUUUUUUCAAAUGGUAG